UUGAUCACUCAAAAGUGUUUAGUUUUUCAUGGCGGCAAGUCGUCGUUGAUUGUAUACACAAGUCAGCAAAUUUUACCAAGAAAUUGCAUAAGUCAUACUUGCAUACCGCGCUAUACUUGCCUACAUAGUGACUACAAUAUCUUGCUGGUGCAGUGAAGUGUAGCUAAUAGUAAUUUGCGAUCAGCAGUUUUUCGCUUUAGCUGAAAUUUAUAUUGUAAUUUCGCGUUGUUAAUUGCCGGCGAGUGAAAGGAAAGCAUUUUCCAAGAAAUAAAAUAACAGAAAAAAAAACUGCAAAAAGUGCAAGUGCAAGUGCAAAGCAGUGCAACGAAAGUCAUGGCUCAACCACUACGUAUUGCCAUUAUUGGCCAAAGUAACUUUGCUGCCGAUGUUUUGGAAUUGAUUUUAGAGAAGAAAUACAAUGUUGUCGGUGUUUUCACCAUACCCGAUAAGGGUAGUCGCGAGGAUAUCUUAGCCACAACAGCAGCACGUCAUAACAUUCCCGUCUUCAAAUUCGCUUCAUGGCGUAAGAAGGGUGUUGCUUUACCGGAGGUGUUGGAACAAUACAAAUCGGUUAAGGCUACACUCAAUGUGCUGCCUUUCUGCUCACAAUUUAUACCAAUGGAAGUGAUUGAUGGUGCCGAUUUGGGUAGCAUUUGUUAUCAUCCCUCCAUAUUGCCACGUCAUCGUGGCGCGAGCGCUAUACAAUGGACGCUGAUCGAAGGUGAUGAAGAUGCUGGCUUCACUAUCUUCUGGGCUGAUGAUGGUUUGGACACUGGCCCGAUUUUGUUGCAAAAGCAAGCACCAGUAGAACCCACAGAUACGCUGGAUACUAUCUAUAAGCGCUUCCUUUACCCGGAGGGCGUAAAGUCGAUGGGUGUUGCUGUUGAUUUGGUCGCCGCUGGUACGGCACCGAAAAUCACACAAACUGAGAUUGGCGCCACUUACGAUCCAGCAAUGUUCAAAGAGGAGAAUCAAUUUGUUGAUUUGCAUCAGCCAGCACGUAAUAUCUUUAACUUCGUGCGCGGUUUGGACUCACAGCCAGGCGCUCUAGCGGUUGUUUUGAAUUCGAAUGGUAGUGAGGAGAAGGUACGUUUGUUCGGUGCGCACAUCUACUCGGCUGGACCGGUGAAACAGUUGGGCUCAUUGCAACUGAAAGGUUUAAAGACACCUGCAUACAUACAUCAGGAUGGCUUACUCAUACAGGGCACGGAUGGUAACUUCGUGAAUGUACGUCGUAUCAAGAAGGGUUCCAAGAUGAUCAACGCUGCCGAUUGGUUCAAACAAAGCGAUCAACCACAGAUCACAGAAUUCAGUGAGGAUGAGUUGUUGAAGAAGGAGAUUUUGCGCGGUGUAUGGAAUUCCAUACUGAAGGCGCCAAUUGAGGCAGAGACUGACUUCUUUGCAGCCGGCGCUGGUUCCAUGGAUGUGGUGCGUUUAGUUGAGGAAUGCAAGGAUGCCUUCGAUGUGCCUUUGGAGAAUGAGCAUGUCUUUAUGGCGCCUGUUUUUGAGGAAUUCUUUGUUGAGAUCGUAAAGAAUUUGCGUCAAGGAAGCUCUGCAUCAGGUGUCGAGGUGCCUUUCGAAGGUUUCGUUAUGCGCGCCAACAAACGUGAGAUUCCCGUGCCAACACAACUUUUCAUUAAUGGUGAAUUUAUCGAUGCUGAAGGCAAAAAAACUUUGGAUAUCAUAAAUCCCACAAAUGAGGAGUUGAUCUGCAAGGUCGCAUGCGCUUCACGCAAUGAUGUCGAUAAGGCUGUGCAAGCUGCGCAUAAUGCAUUCUAUGGCUCAUGGAAGCAAGUGUCCGCACGUCAGCGUGGUCAACUUAUGUUGAAACUCGCUGACCUGAUGGAGCAGUACAAAGAAGACUUGGCCACAAUUGAGUCUGUGGACUCGGGCGCAGUGUAUACGUUGGCUUUGAAGACACAUAUCGGCAUGUCGAUCGAUGCUUGGCGCUACUUCGCUGGCUGGUGUGACAAGAUACAAGGUAGCACCAUACCUGUGAACCCAGCCAGACCAAAUAAUGUGUUGACAUACACAAAGCGCGAGCCAAUUGGUGUGACCGGUUUGGUAACUCCUUGGAAUUAUCCACUCAUGAUGUUGUCAUGGAAAAUGGCCGCCUGUAUUGCCGCUGGCAAUACUUGUUUGAUUAAGCCAGCACAGACAUGUCCAUUGACGGCGCUUAAAUUUGCUGAACUUACCGUGAAAGCUGGUUUCCCACCAGGCGUUAUUAAUGUGGUGCCCGGUCAGGGUUCGGGUGCAGGUCAAGCCGUUGCCGAUCAUCCUUUGAUACGCAAAUUAGGUUUCACCGGCUCUACUCCCAUCGGCAAAGUGAUCAUGAAGUCUUGCGCUGAUUCUAACCUCAAGAAGUGUUCAUUGGAAUUGGGUGGAAAGAGUCCAUUGGUUAUAUUCGCCGAUUGCGACUUAGACAAAGCCGUUAAGCAUGGUAUGUCCUCAGUCUUCUUCAAUAAGGGUGAAAACUGUAUUGCUGCUGGUCGUCUGUUCGUUGAAGAUCGCAUACAUGACGAAUUCGUACGUCGCGUGGUUAAAGAUAUCCGCACGAUGACUAUUGGUGAUCCCUUAAAUCGUUCCACAGCACAUGGUCCACAAAACCACAAGGCGCAUUUCGAUAAACUGAUUGAGUUCAGUCAACGUGGUGUUAAGGAAGGCGCCACCUUGGUCUAUGGUGGCAAAGCCGUACCCAAUACCAAGGGUUACUUCUUCGAACCAACCGUUUUCACCAACGUCGAGGAUGACAUGUUUAUUGCAAAGGAAGAAUCUUUUGGUCCCAUUAUGAUUAUUUCCAAAUUCAAUGGCAGCGAUGUGGAUUCGGUGAUGAAGCGCGCCAAUCGUAGCGAAUACGGUUUGGCCAGCGGUGUGUUCACGAAGGACAUCAGCAAAGCUUUAUCCUUUGCCGAACGUAUUGAGGCGGGUACGGUGUUUGUGAAUGUUUACAAUAAGACUGAUGUGGCAGCGCCAUUUGGUGGCUUCAAGCAGAGUGGCUUCGGCAAGGAUUUGGGACAGGAGGCGCUUAAUGAGUACUUGAAGACAAAAUGUGUGACAAUUGAAUUUUAAGGCGUAUGCGUAAUGGAAGAAAUGAAAAAACAAUGGAAGAAUGUAAAGUAGUCGGCAGGAUACAUAUGUAAAUGUAAGGCAGCUUUUAAAGACUUUUAUGAAUUUUCGUAAAUAAUGCUAAGCAGAAAAAUUGUAGCAUUAAUAUUAGUGGAAAUAAGGGUUUUUUAUUUUGUACAUAAUAUUGUGUAGAAUAGUUGUAAAUAUUUGUAGUUUUAGUUUUAAAAUUGUUGUGAUUAGAAAUUGUAUAUAAUAUCCUCUAAAUAAAUAUAUUUUAAAAUAAUAAUUAAAGUCUGCAAA